AUGGACGCGUUUGCUUUGGAAAUGAAAGAGGCUGCGCUCACCUAUCUAGACAGAAGCGGAGGACUCCGUAAAUUUAUAGCCGACUGCAAAGAUUACAACGCAGAUUUAAAGCAAGGCCUAGCAGUUUAUAAUUUUACCAUUCUGGUAAAUCCCUCUGAUUUGAUAGAAACUGAUGCAAGACUUGGUAAUUAUUUGUUACAUGAACCACUGAAAGCAGCCUAUUACUUUCGUUCUGUAUGUUUCAUUUCAAUCAAGACACUUUCACUUAUUGAAAAAGUACACACUGAAGCUCAGGUAAAUAUAAUUUUAAAAUUGACGCAUUUGCCCCCUUUGCCAAAUUAUCACUUGGACUUAUGUGACUACCCACGACAAUAUGGACUAAGAAGAAAUUUUGUGAUAGAAGGGCUGGUGAUAACCUUAACUCCAGUGACAAAGUAUACACGAGGGGCAAGGUUUCUUUGUACAGAAGAAACUUGUCAGUUCUCAUCAGGAUUUCAUUGCAUCCGUGUACACAUUCCAGGAGCAACAGAAUCAGCAACAGUGAGAAAUGAUUUUACCUGUAGUUUAUGUUGCUCAUCCCUGAAGGAGGAUGUGAUGUUUAGAGUCCUGGGAAACAAGCAGCUUGUUGAAAUUAUCCAUGUUAAAGCUGUAAAUGUACUAAGAUGUCAGUCUGUCAGACCAUUCAGGUUUCAGUCCAUUACAGUAUUUUUAAGAGAUGAACUUUGCAAUCAAAUGAAAUUUGGAAAAAUGUACAGUAUCAUUGGAAUGCCUGCUCAUGUACAUAAAUUGCCAAAAGUUAAAUUAAGAAUUGAAGCUAAUAGUGUACAGCCUCUGAUUCCAAAAUGUCUCAGUUCAAUCAGUAAUAAUCUCAAGUGUCUACAUUCAGUUUGUGCCUCUUCUCCGUGGAGGCUUUCUGCAGUUCUUGCUUAUAGUUUUGGAUCUUGUAUAGUUCCUCCGGGCAUGUACAUUACACUGAAGUUCUGCCUGUUGCUCAGUGCAGUAUUGAUUAGUAAUAAGGAAGAAUGCUUAAAAUUCCUUGAUGUACUUGCUUUAACCUGUGACACCAUUACAGUGGGAAGGCUUCUAGAAUAUUGUCUUGAUUUUGUCCCCUAUGGAAUUAAGCAUUUGAUCUCUGGGGAGAUUUUUGCCAGAGUCUCGAAGGAUGAACAUGGAAUUGGGACAGCAAGCAUAGAAGCCGGGUCUGCCUUGCUAGCUAGUGAUGGGAUUUGUUUUCUUGGAGACCUCUCUUUAUACAAGAAAGAUAAGCUUGAACUGCUGUGUUCUGCUUUGGAAACAAGGACCACUGCUGUAUACAUUUCUGGGAGGAAAUACGGAGAUGUAGACCAACAGCUAGUUUUUCCACUAACAUGUAAUUUUUGGGCAUUAGCUGAUGUUACAUAUUCCAGCAAGAAACCAUUAAAAUCAAACAGUCUUAUCCAAGGGAGAGAGGAUUUUCUCUCAAUACCAUGCAAUAUUAUUGAAUCCUUUGGUCUCUUAAUCCACUGCCAGGAGUCUGCCGGUGACUUUCAAGUUCAGUGUGUCGUCCAACAUACUUUGAAAGCAGCAAUGGACUCAGAAGAAUGUUUGUAUCCAGAGUCAAUUCAGAUUCCCAUGCACGAAUACAAAGCACUGUUGGCCAAUAGCAGGAGUCUACAAGUUGAACAAAGUUGUGAAGCAGAAAGAUUAAUCCAUGGUUACUACCUAGCAAGUCGAAGAGUUCGGACUGACCCAACCUCUGGCUCAAAAUUAUCUACAGCUUCUGUUAGGCUUUUAACUUCUAUAGCUGAAGCCCAUGCUAAGCUUUGCCUUAGGAAGAAAGUUCUUGAAGAAGAUGCUGUGAUUGCUGUGAUCCUGUUUGAAAAUUCUUUGUCUCUGAAAUAUGGUACGUCUGCUCUUCUCGUACCACAUAAUGCUUUAUUUCCCUUUGAAGUGUAUAACCAAGACACCCUGCACCAAAGAGAUCUCUACUUGACUGAGUGUCAUCAUCAGAUCUUGAAUUAUGUACAAACCUUUGCACCUGGAGCUGCAAAUUACUUUUCUGAAGAAUAA